CCAAUAUGUCUAUACUUUCUAUGUUAACUCUUUCUCUCCAAAGCUUGAACAUACUACAAUACCCAAAGCAUCCGGUGACCUUCCCUCUCCAUACUGUUAGCUAUGGAUCGGAACAAACGUCCGCCCACUCAAACUUCAACUAUAGCUAGCCCUAGCAAACAAGAGUCUGUACCCACGCCGUGCAUCUCGGCAACUACCCGUCAUGCAGGGAAGAGGCAUGAGGCUACCGGGGGCUGUCCGUUGGAUCCUCGAGUCCCGGGGAGUAGCUUAGGUGGGACUAGUGCUGGUCUGCACAUGCAAGGCUGACAACACCAACCUCAAAAUAAUGAUAGAGCUACGUAUGGUGUGUGGAGAAUGUAUCCUGCCCUUGGAUCUACGUCGAGGCUGGAGCCUUGGUUGAGCACGAAUAGAAUAGUGGGAUCUAGGAAUACAUCCUCAAAGUCGCCCUGACCGACAGGUGAGCUGCAGGAACAUCAUGACUUCGAUUUGCCAAAAUAUCGAAAAUCCAUCCUGAAUGUCGCCCCGACUAGCCUCAUCUGGUUCAGCAACCCCAACUUCGACCUUUGAAGGCAGUCAACUGCAACUCCAUGCAAGGCUAGAUUACAAGGCU